AUGGGUGGGCCUCAUUUGGGGAUAAGAGUAUACGAUGACUUCGGGGACAGAGGGAUUGUCCGUAAGAUGCGAUCUGUUGAAAUUAAUUUGGGCGGGACACAAAAAUGGAGGGACAAAGAGUGGCCUCCUGAACGUAUAGUUCAACAUUACGGGCCUGUCAGUUGGAAUCCUAAGGAACCAACUGCAGGGGCAAGAGAGCCAAUCUACGAAUUAAAUCAAAUAAUCCGGUCGCAGGCAGCUCUAGAAACCAUUACUAACAAGACUGGCCAGGCCAUAGACCUCUUGACUCAGCAAGCACAACAGAUGUGCAUAGCAAUCCUUCAACAUCAUAUGGUCCUAGAUUAUGUGCUAGCCAAGGAGGAGGGGGUGCUGACCCCGGCACAAAUAAAAUCAAUUUGCCUGGCCAUACUAGAAUCAGGAAAGCAGUAUGCAGUGAAGAAGAGGAAACCAUUCCCACUCAUGUAUUCCUACUAUGGGACAGAGUAUCUUGGUGCAGCACAUGGGCUUUCAUCAAUCCUUCAGAUGUUGCUUUCCUAUUAUGAGUACCUGCAGCCAGCAGAUCAGGAGCUUGUGUGGCAGAGCGUUGAUUUUCUUAUGGACCAGGAACAGAACAGCAACUGGCCUCCCGAGCUGGGGGAGACAAUCGAGCGGGAGAAUGAGCUUGUGCACUGGUGUCAUGGAGCUCCAGGCAUUGCGUAUCUGUUCGCCAAAGCUUACCUGGUUUCCAAGAAGCCUCAGUACCUGGACACUUGUAUCCGCUGUGGAGAGCUAACUUGGCAGAAAGGCCUGUUGAAGAAGGGACCUGGAAUAUGCCAUGGAGUGGCUGGUAGUGCUUACGUGUUCCUGCUGCUGUACAGGCUCACUGGAAACUCAAAAUACAUAUACAGGGCACAAAGGUUUGCAGAGUUCUUAUUUACAGAAGAAUUUAAGGCUGGUUCCCGGGCAUUAGAGAGUGUAUAUAGUCUGUAUGAAGGCUUCUCGGGAACUGUGUGUUUCCUGACUGACUUGCUGCAACCCAACCAAGCGGAGUUUCCUCUCUUCAGUGUCUUUGUCUAG